CAGAGAUGGUCAGCAAAGCAAAAACAUGCAGAACACAAUUUAAAUGCGUAGAUAGCCCAAUUUAAGUGCAUUCCAUAAUUCUGUUUAAUUGCAAGGCAUUUAGAAAACUUAACCAGACAGCGGUGUACGUCAAAACACUAUAUAAAAUCGGCAUAUAUACCAGACUUCGUGUGGAGUAAAGCAAUAAUAGCAUUUUCUAGCCGCCGAAAUGCUAGUCUUUUUUCGAAAUGGACCCUGUGUUCUUUUUGACCAUAUUGAGCUUCAAACAAUUCCGUUUCCUCCAACUUUCACAACGUUUAAGUUUUGUCAGUUGGUGAGAAAACGAAUGAGUGAAGAAGGAAGUUUUGGUUGAAUCUUGGCUCUCAUAGCGACUCAGGUUUUAUACUCUCUUGGAGUCACCAUGCUACAGAUGCAAUGCCUUCAAUACUUUCUAGUCUUGUUCACGUUUUUUUUGUUAUUUUCUAUUGCAAUCGCAUCUCCCCUUCAGCAUCAGUCAUAUCCUUCAACAAUUAAAAUUGGGGCCCUUCUAUCACUAAAUUCAACAAUAGGUAGGAUCAGCAAGAUUGCUUUAGAAUUUGCUGUGGAAAGAAUCAACCAAGAACAAAAGUUAUUACAUGGUACAAAGAUAUUUUUGAAGACUAUGGACUAUAAUUGUAACACUUUACAAGGUGUUACUGCAGCAAUGAAAUUACUUGGAGAAGACAUAGUUGCUAUAAUUGGGCCUCAAACAUCGGCUGGAGUCCAUUCAAUUGCUAAGGUGGCAGAAGCAGUACAUGUUCCCUUGGUCUCAUUCUCAGCUACGGAUUCAUCACUAUCAAGAAAACAAUACCCUUAUUUCACAAGGGUGGUAUUUAAUGAUGGCUUGCAGAUGACUGCGAUUGCUAGCAUUAUUGGCAAUCAUGGAUGGAGAGAAGCAGUUGUUUUAUUCAUGGAUGACAAUCUUGGAUGGAAUGCUAUUGAUUCCCUAAGUUGUGCACUAGAGCCCUACGGAAGUAAAAUUGUGUAUAAACUAGCACUUCAUCCCAAUCUAGAUAUGACAGAACUGUAUCAUAAUCUAAUUCAACUACAGAACAUGAGAUCCAAGGUAUUUGUAGUCCAUGUGCAACCUAAUUUUGGUCGAAGUAUACUUUUGGCUGCUCAUAACUUGAAGUUGUUUGAUGAAGGUCAUGUAUGGAUUAUCACAGAUGCAAUUGUAAGGACUUUGGAUGCGGUAUACUCUGAUGUUGGUCUCUGGAAGGAGACUCGUGGUAUUAUUGGUGUCAGAAGCUAUAUGCCAAUGUCUUCAAAGCUUAAAUCUGUUCAAUCUGAAUUGAGGAGCAAGCUGGGAGAGAAGCAUGCAACAGGUCAAUCACUAAAUGCAUAUGGAUUUUAUGCAUAUGAUGCCAUAUGGACAGUUGCAAAAGCUCUGAAUGGUUUCUUGGGAAAGCAGAAAAAUUUGUCCUUUACACAUGCAGCUGCUAGUGGAAGAGCUGGUAGGGCAAAGUUUAGGGUAUUUGAGAAUGGACAUUUACUUUUAAAUGAGAUUUUGAAUGUUAAAUUUUCAGGUGCAACAGGACAUGUGAAACUAGAUACAAGAGGGGAACGAGUGCGCACUACCUUUGAAGUUGUGAACUUUGUUCACAAGAAAGUGCAUAUUGUUGGGUAUUGGAAAGAAAGAACUGGAUACUAUACAAUUCUUUCAGAUGUUAAUGGUAGGAGUAUAGGUCGCAGAGUAUCAAAGGCACCUACAGGGGAUCGAAGUGUGAGUGAUGAUAUUUGGUCUAGAGGCAGUUCCAGAAAUCCUUAUGACUGGUCUAUUAAAAACUAUUUAAAGUCCAUUCAGGUUGCGUUUCCAAAAGAUGCCAUACAGAGGGGGUUAGUUUCUACUACAGUUGACAAGAACAAUACUACAAUUUUUCAUGGUUUCUUUAUAGAUGUAUUUGAAGCUGCCAUAGCAUAUCUUCCUUAUAAUGCCAGUUAUACUUAUAUACCUCUUGGGAAUGGAAGCUCAACCCACAAUCUGGAAAACCUUCUCCAAAAGCUUGCUGACAAGGAAUAUGAUGCAGCAAUAGGAGAUAUAGCUAUCACACCAAGUCGCUUACGAAUUGUUGACUUCACACAACCUUAUGUGGCCUCUGGGCUGGUCUUUGUAGUCUGUAUGAAGGGUUACUCCUCAGCUGAAAUAUGGUCUUUCAUGAAACCAUUUACCCCAGCUAUGUGGUUUACAAUGCUGGCAUUUAUUAUUUUCACAGGUUUAGUUGUUUGGAUGCUCGAACAUAGAAAUAACAAGGACUUUCAAGGCAAGCUAAAGAAACAAAUUGCCACAGCUGUUUGGUUCAUUUUUUCGACUCUCUUCUUUUCUCAAAGUGAGAGAGUAAAAAGCACUCUUGGGAGAAUUGUUGUCCUCAUUUGGCUCUUUGUGAUACUGAUUGUUGCUUCAAGCUACACUGCAAAUCUUACUUUCCUUCUGACUGUUGAACAACUAAAGCCAGAGUUUCAAGGAAUUUCUGAAGUGCUGGCAAGUGGUGUUCCUAUUGGCUUCCAAGCUGGUUCAUAUAUAGGGGAAUUUCUCAAAAAACUGGGUGUGACUAAAGACAGACUUCUACCUCUACAAAAUGUUUCUAGUUAUGCAGAAAUGCUAUCCAAAGGACCAAAAAGAGGUGGUGUUGGGGCAAUUGUAGAUGAGCUUCCACAUGUGCAGUUGUUUUUGUCUUCAGAAUGCAGUUUCAGGAUUUAUAGCCAUCAGUUUACAUCAAAUGGCUGGGGAUUUGCAUUUCAAAAAGGAUCAAAGUUAACGGUGGAUGUUUCUACUGCAAUUGUGGGGUUGGAAGAAAAUGGAGAACUACAACAAAUUCAUGAUAAGUGGUUUGGCUCUUCCCAAUGUGAUUUCACAAAUUCCCCAGAAUCAAAUCAGCUUGGAUUGGCCUCCUUUUGGGGUCUCUUUCUAGUAGUUGGAUUGGUAUCCCUUACUGCUGUCGUCUUCUAUUUUAGUUCACGUAUACUUUCUUUCAUAAAAAUAUCGACAGAUGUAAUUUGUCAUCUGCAAAAGAUUAAAAUGCCCAGCCUCAAUAUAUGACAUUACUCUGAGCAAUUCAAAAUCUUAAUUGAUUCUUUGAGGUGGCUGGGAAUGUGCGUUUUUCCGUAUUUAAAAUGUAUAUAAUCAAUUCUGAUAUGAUAGAUUGACCCAAGUAGCAACCAUUAUAAUUAGAAAUGCUUUCAGUGAAGACUUCAUUUGAAUUUGACUAGGGCUAUGUCGAUUUUGAAGGUAGUAAAGUUGCUGUGCUACAUUUUUAGGCUUCUA